GACGGCGAGGUUAGGUCAUGUAAUUACUACGGCCGUGCACCCAAGCCUGUGCCAGGUGAGAGCUGGAUGGAGACAGCAUUACGAGAGGCGUACCAUCGAUGCAAUCAGCAGACUUACACUGGCCCUGCAGGUUGCUGCAAUGGGAAACCACUCGGUAUGAAGGAUGGCUCCAUCCCAGACAGUAGCAUCACGGAAUUGAGGCAUCACAGCAGUUGGGUGACAGCUUUCGCGCGACUAGAUGAUAGCAGAUGCUGGGGGUUUUAUCUGCACAAUGGGUACAGCUGGAUACAGGUCGACCUCGGUGCCAUGUACAGUGUCUCCGGUUUGAUCACUAGAGGUUAUAAUCACCCGAAUUAUCACUACUGGGUGCUUGAAUAUCAAGUCUCAUACAGCUUCGAUGGGGAUAAGUGGCGUAAUGUGACCGAGGCAAGCGGGACAACCAAGACAUCGCCUGAACAGGUGGAAGCCCCUAAGAAGUUCGCAGGAAACAUCGACGGGAGCUCCCAUGUAACCAUUCAGUUCCCGAUGGCCGUACGCACCCGAUUCCUGCGGAUUGAACCCACACGGUGCAACCAUUUCUGCUGUCUUCAGUUUGAGGUGUUGGGUUGCUCUGAUAUAUAAACAAGAAAGAAAAUAGAACGAACUUAACAGUUUCGCGCCCCUUUCAUUUUCUCAAACUCAUGGGGACACAGCUCGUCAAGCAAAAAAAAAAAUAGGUAUCGUCGCCAUCAUGCAAAACUAUUACGGCAGGCUUGACGAGAGUGUAAAUCAUAGAACAUUCGGAAGAUUAAUAGUCG